AGUCGGGCUUUUCAUGGAGGAGUUACGUCCGAUAGUGAGAGUCUAUAAAUAUCUGCUCCAUUGACGACUUAACGUCCUCAAAGUUUUGAAACAAAUCAACAAGAAUCGCUGUACGAAGGAAGAAAAAGGGAAAUUUAAGAUGUUCUUCUUCAAAUCUUCGUCCGGAGCAGUGCACGAGGAAUCCCAGCCGGCGGAGGAGGUCAAGAGAGGCGGCGGCGCGUGCGUGACACUCACGGUGUGGAGGAAGUCACUGCUACUCACCUGCAACGGAUUCACAGUGAUCGAUCGAAACGGAAAUAUCGUAUACCGAGUCGACAAUUACGUCGAGCGGCCGGAGGAAAUGAUUCUGAUGGACGGCCUCGGAAAAUCCGUCCUCACAAUGUGCCGCUCCAUGAGGCUUGGACUAGCAGAGAGCUGGUGCGUGAACGAAGGGGAAAUUGGCGGCGAAACUAGGGCUAGGGCGAGAGAGAGAGCGAGAAAGAAGCCGAUAUUUCGGGUGAGGAAGAACAUGAACAUUCUACAUGCGGCUCCAAAUUCGAAAGUGCUUGCGUACGUAUACGACUACAGAAUCUCGGAGAAGAAAUUGGCGUACAGAGUGGAAGGUUCGUACGGGCACCGAUCGUGCAAGAUUCUGGACGCGUCGAGGAGAGUGGUGGCGGAGGUGAAGAGGAAGGAAGCGGUUAAAGGCGGCGUCUGUUUCGGGGCGGAGGUUUUUCUUCUGGUGGUUCUUCCUGGCUUCGAUCCCGGCUUCGCCAUGGCUCUGGUUUUACUCUUGGAUCAGAUGUUCUCUUAGAUUAGAAUUUGAUUCUUCUUCUUUUUGAUCUUCCACUUUUUUUUCUUGUGCAUAUUUUACAGUAGCAGCGUUUUCUUUGGACUUUGAAAGGAAUUUUUUUCCUAGUAGAGAGUCUGAGUUUAUUCCCUUGUCGUGGGCAUAAUAAUAUUUUUUUUCCUCGUGGGCAUAAUAAUAUUUCCUUGUUCUAUUGUAUAUAAGUAUAUACAAUAAUGAUUUUAACAAAUAA